GCCAGCAGCCUCGCGAAGUUCUCUGGUGAUAAGAUUUGAGUCACAGUGCGUGACGCCGAAAUUGAAUUCGUAAAUGAAGCAGCCAAUCGAAGACGCCGCGGGCGCGCGCGCGCGCGCGAGCCCCGGCGCGGCGCGGGCGCCAACCCCCCUCGUGGCUGCGCCCGACGUUUUGCCCCGGAUGGCGCCCUUCCAGCCUGGAGCGGUAGUUGUUUGCACUGCGGGGCCGCAGCCGGCGCUGGCGACCGUCACCAGUGGCCCGCACGAGGACGGCAGCUACGACCUCGACUGCCUGGCGGGGGCCAGGCCAGACGUCAUCCGCGGCGUCCGCGGCGGGGAGAUCGUGGAGUACUACAGCGGGUCCAUCGGCAAGUGGAUCCCCGCGCAGGUGCUUCGAAAGGGCCACGCCAAUGGAACCUUCGACCUCGACUGCAAGGAGGCCGUGGACGCCACCCGCAUGCGGCUGCCCAAGAGGGCGCCCGGGGAGGACCCCGCGCCGCCGCCGCGGCCAGGGCUCCACGGCUCCGGCUCGGCGACGCUGCCGUCGGGCGUCCCGGAGGACCUCCCGCCGCCGCCGCCGCGGCCGGGGCCUCGCGGCGCCGGCGGCGCUGGUAGGCCGGCGCCGGCGGGCGGCGCCCGGGAGGCGGCGCCAGAGUUGCGGGCCGGGGAUCACUGCUUCUACCGCAGCUCAGCGCACGGCUGGAUACCGGCCACCGCCAAGCGCUACCACCCCGAGGACGGCACCUUCGACCUCGACGUCAAGCAGCGGGUGCGGCCAGACCUCAUCCGAACCCUGCGCGAGGGCGACGCGGUCGAGUACCACAGCACGUCCUCUGGCCAGUGGAUCCCAGCGCGGGUUCUGCGCAGGUGCCAGGCGCCAGGCACGUACGACCUCGACUGCAAGGAGAGGGUCGACAUGCGGCGCAUGCGGCCUGCCGGAGGCGGCGCCGCCGCGCCGUCGCUGCCCGCGGCGCCGCUGCCGCCCUCGGCGCCGCAGCCUGACAGGGGCGACGCCGCGGCCGCGGCCGAAGCGGCGCGGGCCCGCGCCGAGCUGCAGAAGGCGCGGUGGUCAAGGGACGGGCAGCUGAUGCGCGCCGCGCUGAAGUGCGGCGCCGAGGCGGGCCUGUCUCGCCAGGAGCUGGAGCCCGUGGAGCGCGCGCUGGCGGAGCUCGAGGCGCGCGCGGCGCUGCAGGAAGCCGCGAGACAGCGCGACGCCGCGCCCCUGCGGGAGGCACUGCGCGCUGCAGCGGCCGCAGGUCUCCCGCGCGACGAGCUGGCAGCCGCGGAGGGGGCGCUGGCUCUCCUGGACGAGGAGGAGGGUGGCCGCCGGGAAGCGCGCGAGCGGCUGCAGGCUGCCGUGCGGUCGGGCGCGGCGCCCGCGCUGCAGGAGGCGAUCUGGGCGGCUGGCGCCGCCGGCCUGCCGUGCGAGGACAUCGAGACCGCGGAGCGCGCCCUGGCAGCCGCAGGCGCGCGGGCGCGCGUGCAGGGCGCCAUGGCAGGCCAGCAACCUCAGGCGCUGCGCGAAGCGCUGCAGCUGGCCGCCGCGGCGGGCCUCCCGCCCGAGGAGGUGGACCCGGCGCGGCGGGCUCUGUCGGCGUUGGAGGCGCAGGAGGCCGAGGAGCGGGCCGCGCGGGAGGCGCUGCGGCAGGCACUGGCUGCACGCCAGGAACCAGCUGUACGGCGGGCGCUGGAGCUCGGGGAGGCUGCAGGCUUGCCGCAGACGGAGCUGGACCAGGCGCGGGGCUUCCUGGACGCGCUCGAGGCGGCCAGGGGGCGGUUGCGGCAGGCGAUCAGCGCCGGCGGCGCGGCCCAGCUGUCCAAGGCACUGGAGGAUGCGGCGCGCGCGGGCCUCCCCGCCAAGGAGGCCGAAGCUGCGCGAUCGCGCCUGCGCGCCCUCGAGGCGGAGGCAGAGCGCGCAGCCCGCCUGGAGGAGCUUCGCAGCGCCAAAUUCGGCCAGGACGCCGCGGCGCUGCGGGGAGCGCUGGAGCGCGCAGCCGCGUGCGGCAUCGCUGGCCAGGAGCUGGACGAGGCUGGGCACGCGUUGUGGGCGCUGGAGGCUCGCCCGGCCGCGCGCGCGGAGCUGCGGCGUGCAGUGGCGGGUCGCGACGAGGGGGCCUUGCAGGCUGCGCUCGAGGCUGCGGCCGUGGCCGGGAUCCCCGACCAGGAGCUCGAUGCUGCCUCCCGCGCGCUGCGCGCGCUGGAGACGGCGAGGGCCCAGGAGGGCGCCCGCGGGGUGCUCCGGAGAGCACAGGAGGCCGGGGACCCAGGCGCGAUCCGCGCGGCCGUGCAUGACGGGGCGACCGCGGGCCUCCCUGCCGAGGAGCUCGACGCCGCGCGCCGGCGGGCCGCCGAGCUUGAGGCGCGCGGCCGCGCGCGCGCAGAGCUGGCGCGGGCGGAAACGGCAGGCGUUUCGGCGCCGCCUGCGGAGGCCAGGGCGGCGCUGCAGAGCGCGCUCCAGCGGGCGGAGAUGGCGGGCCUGGGCGCCGAGGAGACCGCCAGGGCGCAGUUGCUGCUCCGGAAGCUCGAGGAGCCUCCCCUGGGCGAGGCCGUGGGGCAAAGAGCUCCGUUGAGCAUUGGCACCACUGGCUACGCUGGGAGUGUGCCGCACUCACCCGGCACGACUACCUACGCCGGCGGGUGCGCGGGCUGGCCGCCCGCGGACACCCAAGCGUCCUACGGCGACGUCUCGCCGCCGGUGGACCCGCAGCAGGUGCCGAGAGCGCAGGCCCAUCAGUAUUGGGUGCCGCAGGGUUCCACCGCGCCGGCCACGCAGCCGCAGCUCACCUACCCCUGGCCGCAGGAGGAGGCCCCGGGCACGAGCUACUCGCAGCUCCGGGCGCCGCCGACCGAGCCGCAGCUGCAGGCGCCGCCCACGAACCCGCAGCUGUCCGUGCCCGGCACGAGCUACUCGCAGGUGCCCGGCACCGACUACCAGCGGCUGCAGGCGCCUCCGUCGGGGCCGCCGCAGCCGCCGCAGGGCCGGCCGGCCGCGCAGCCCGCGGCCCGCUUCCCGAUGCUCGCUGCCUGGUUCGGCUGAGCCGCGGGGGCGGUGCUCGACAGCCAGCUCGGCCGAUCUCGAGGGUGUCCACUGAUAACGCACGCAGCGCCGCGGCGACCACCUCCCCUCCCCUCCGCGCUUGGAGGGCCCAGUGGGUCCCGCAGGCAUUCCCUUUCACCCAAAGCAUAUGCCCCCGCGCAGGCCUCUGUUAAGGGCCUUCGCGCCAUGCACACUGGAAGUCACCGAGGACACCGCGAAGCGAUGUCCCCGCGGUGCGCGACGGCGCUCGGACGACAAUCUCCAUCCGCGAGUGGCUCCGGCCCCCCUCCCGCGCCGUCCUUCGCAGGAGGCGCUCCCCGCAGGCGCGCGGAGGGAUGCUUUCCGGUCCUGUCCUCCAGGCCUCCCAGAUUGAAGAUGGGGCUGGAGCAGAUGGGGUCGGGGAGUCGCCUCGCGUCGCCGAUGCAGUGCUCACAGCGCCCCAGGCUCACUGUUGAAGCACAGUGCUGGCAGGCAUUCCCUGCCAGGCGGAGUGGUUUCCUCGCCGAUCCGCCUCCCCCCUCCCGUCCCCUCCCCGCUGCUGUCAAUGCACGCACUCGGGCGCACAGGCGCCCGGGGCCCCCUCUGAGCGACGGCCGCGAGCCCGGCUCGAGCCUUCGGGCCGCCCGCGGCGGGGCGCGAAAGCG